UUCGAUUAAUGGGUUUUAACUUUUCCUAGGGCCACAUCUCUCGUGACUGCACCGCCCCCAACGGUGGCCCCUUGAGCUCUGCUGGCAAGGUCUGCUACAAGUGUGCUCAGGCUGGCCACAUCUCCCGGGACUGCCCUAACAAUGAGGCCGCUAACCAGCAGCCUGCUGAGCCUACCACCGCUGCUGCUACUCCAGCUGCCCCUGCUACCGGCGCCGCCGGCGCCGCUGAGACUAGCACAGAGGCCGCUCCUGUUGCGCCUGCUGCUCCUACCACCGCUGUCGCAUAAACAGCUGUGCGGUCCGAAAUUUAUCGAUCCCAUUUUUGGGAGUCUGUUUCCUUUUUUCGUUAUUGCAUUAGGGCUUGCCGACUACGGUCUUGAUUUCUUUCUACUCCCAUGUAUCUUCCUUUGCAUAUAUUACGCCCCCGUGUUUCAGUUCUCGGCACCGGCCUUUUUCUAUUCCUCUUAUGUAUACGACGAACAAAAGUUUCACGAAGUCUUAGGCUCCCUUACGGUUUGGAUCCUAUACAUGGCUCAGGUUCUUACGAUUGGCGUCUAUUGUUCCCUCGGGUAUCUUUCAAAUUUUGAAUUAUAGGUGCGGCAAAAAAAAAAAAAAAAAAAAAGAAGGAGACGAGGCGAGGCGAAGGGUUAAUUGAGCGCAGGAGAGACAUAUGUGGACCAAAGCAGACGCGUUGAUAUGCAUAGGAAAA